AUGGCAGUGCUUGAGCGUGUGGGCCGACGCGGCGCGGCCCAUGCCGCCGGAAGUGCGGCCGACUUGCCGUUUCGCGGGUGGCUUCAACGCACGUUGGCCGGCAUGCUGACCGGUCGUAAAGCCACUGCUGAGCCCGCAGAGGCGGAAGAGCCGUUACUUGGGCCAUCUUGCAGCGCCGGUGAAGGUCCAGGUCUACUUUUCCCAGCACCAGCACCUCCCACCUCUGGAAACGCCAGCACCGUAGCCCUUCCUCCACAGAAGAAAGGGCACAGUCAAGCCAACACCGCCGCCAUCGGUCCCACUCAGCAGCCAGCACCUCUCCUGCCCGCCACCCCCACCACCACCGCUCCCGAACAGCAGCCGGCAACACGCCUGCCCCCCGCCACCCCCAAUGCCACCGCCAACCCGCAACGGAAGCGCACCAAGUCCACCAAUAAGAUCGAUGCCGUUGGUGUCCCCCCGGGGUUUGAGCGGCCUCAUAAUCCCAACGAGGACAUUGUUUGGCUGACUGACGCUUGUGGUGGUGAUUUCAAGAGCUGGGCCUAUGCACUUCAGGGCUCGACGACGGUCAUAUGCUUCUUUUGCGACACACAUAAGAAAAGUAACGCCACCAUUUCCCGCACGAACUGGGAUCGCUCAGCUUACACCCGGCACGAGGCCUCGCACUCCCACAAAGCGGCUGUAGACCAUUACACGCAGGAUCAGUAG